GAUUUCUUCACACUGGGGCUCCUCACUACAGCAGUUGUUGACAGAUAGCCGUAGAGUUGUGGUCGAUCUGGACUAAAUAUUAAACUAUUUGCUGACUCUUCUGUUUUGACAGUACUCUCUGGAAAAUGUGCUACUAUUGCCACAAUGUCCAGCGGUAAAUCUGGCUUCAUCGAGCGAAGAGAAAGGAAAAGAAAGUGAUCACAUAUCUGACGGAGUUGGAUGAAAAUCGAGUAAAGGAUUCCACAACUUCACUGCUGAAAAUCAGAUGGGACUGUUAUGUCUCAAGACGGAGGCACAUUUGGUUGGCCGUGGAAAGGGGGAGUGACCAUGCUGUGUUGGGGCAAUGCUUCAUAUGGACAGUUGGGUCUGGGCGGCAUCGACGAGGAGAUUGUAGUGGAGCCUCGUAAAUGUGACUUCUUCCACGGUAAACGGGUGUGUGGGUUGGGCUGUGGCACCAGGCAUACGACCUUCCUCCUCGAUGAUGGGACGGUCUACACCUGCGGCUGCAAUGACCUGGGACAGCUGGGCCACGACAAGGCCAGGAAGAAACCAGAGCAGGUGGUUGCCCUGGACGCACAGAUCAUCGAAGCGUUGUCAUGUGGAGAUGCUCACACUUUAGCUUUGAAUGAUAAAGGGCAGGUUUUCUCCUGGGGCCUGGGCUCUGAUGGGCAACUCGGACUCAGCAAUUUCGAUGAAUGUGUUCGCGUGCCUCGAAACAUCAAGAGUUUGUCAGAUGUACAAAUUGCUCAGGUAGCUUGUGGAUACUGGCACUCCCAUGCACUUUCAAAAGGAGGCCACAUAUUUUCCUGGGGCCAAAACCGUUAUGGUCAGCUGGGUCUGGGAAAAAAUGGACAGAGUGUUUGCACUCCUCAGAUGGUCCAGUCUCUUCAGGGCAUUCCCUUCGCUCAGAUAACAGCAGGGGGCGCUCACAGCUUUGCACGCACUUUCUCAGGAGCAGUGUUCGGGUGGGGAUGCAACAAGUUUGGUCAACUCGGGCUCAGUGACACUAAUGAUCGAUGCUUCCCUACUCUGUUAAAGUCGCUGCGAUCACAGAGAGUGGUUUAUAUUUGCUGUGGAGAGGAUCAUACGGCGGUUCUCACAAAGGAGGGUGGUGUGUUUACAUUUGGAGCGGGAGGUUACGGGCAGCUGGGACACAACUCGACAAACCACGAGAUCAACCCCAGAAAAGUCUUUGAGCUCAUGGGAAAUGUAGUCACGCAGAUCGCAUGUGGCAGGCAGCACACUUUGGCAUACACUCCCUCAUCUAGUAAGAUGUACUCGUUUGGCCUCGGAGGAAAUGGACAGCUUGGCCUCAAAACCACCUCCAACAGAAAGAGCCCCGCCUCAGUCAAAGGGCCCUGGACCCCCAACGACCAUGGGAACAAUGACUCGGAGUCAGGGGAAUGCUGCCUUGUCAAAAUGAUCUACGCUGGAGGAGAUCAGAGCUUUGCCCACUAUCGAACUUCAAAUAGUUCUCCAGUUACAGACAAUGAAAAAUUACCGAACGGCCAAAGAAAGAUUUGCACCUUAGAUGGGGAUUUGAUUCAGAAAUGGCAUUCGUACUCAUCAGGACGACUGCCGCUGGACAUCACCAAUGAAAUUGAACUUGUGUUUUCGUCAGCGAGUUGUCUUAAUGGAUCAUUUCUCUCCAUGAGUAACCCGGAUCACUACAGCACGAGUGGUAAAUGUUCAGGUGUCGACAUGAACACGGCUCGACUCCUGUUUGAUCGACUCAUUCAACAAGAUCACCCCGAGAUCUCACAACUGAUUGCUGCCAAUCUGGAAAAGAACCUGAUUCCCAGAUUACCGAGCUCUCCCCCGGACAUCGAAGCCCUCAGACUCUACCUCACGCUGCCCGAGUGUCCCCUCUUUAGAGACAGGAACAACUAUGUGACCAUUACCAUCCCCUUUGCUAAAUCUGUCAUCAGCCUGAAAGACCCGCCUCUCAAAGUGCUAGGAAACUGGUGGAGUCGGUUGGAGCCCCCAGUCUUCCAGCACCUGGUGGAGGUGUAUAAAGAGGUUGUGGUUUACCUGCUGCAGAUGCACAAAAUGGGAAUCCCUCAGGUGGAGCAGAGGAUAUUCUCCUGUUUCUUAGACACAUCACUGCGACUGCUGGAGAUACUGCAUAUGGUAAAUGAGAAAACUGGGCAGAUUAUCCAGUAUGAUAAAUUUUACAUUCAUGAACUGGACAACCUCAUAGACAUAAGGAAUGAUUAUGUCAUGUGGAUACAGAAGCAGAUGUAUCCCAUGGGACAUGAUGGUCUGGUGACUUUAUGCAGGUAUCCAUUUGUAUUUGAUGCACCAGCAAAGACCACUCUGCUUCAGACUGAUGCAGUUUUACAGAUGCAGAUGGCAGUGGACCAGGCACAGAUGCAGAACUUUAGCUCCAUGUUUCUUCCCACGGUGGAGUCGGUGAAUCCCUGCCUCAUCCUCAUCGUCCGCAGAGAAAACAUCGUCGGAGACACAAUGGAGGUCCUGAGGAAAUCAAAAAAUGUGGACUACAAAAAGCCCCUCAAGGUGAUCUUCGUGGGCGAGGAGGCGGUCGAUGCUGGAGGAGUGAGGAAAGAGUUCUUCCUGUUGAUCAUGAAAGAGCUUUUGGAUCCUAAAUACGGCAUGUUCAGAUACUUUGAGGACUCACGGCUCAUAUGGUUUUCACACAAGACCUUUGAGGAUAUAGACCUGUUUAACCUGAUCGGGGUCAUCUGUGGUUUGGCCAUAUAUAAUCUGACAAUAGUUGAGUUGAACUUCCCAGUGGCGCUGUAUAAGAAAUUGCUAAAGAAGAAACCAACACUGGAGGACCUUAAAGAGUUGAUGCCUGAUGUGGGAAGGAGUCUGCAGCAGUUACUGGACUACACAGAGGAUGAUCUGGAGGAGACCUUCUGCUUAAACUUCACUAUCACAGAGGAACACUUCGGUGCAACUGAAGUCCUGGAGUUGGUGCCGAACGGAGAAGAUGUCAAUGUCACCAAAUCAAACAGACAGGAGUUUGUGGAUGCGUAUGUAGACUACGUGUUCAACAGAGCAGUGGCGCCUCUGUUUGAGUGUUUUUACGCUGGAUUUCACAAAGUCUGUGGAGGAAAAGUCCUGGAACUUUUUCAACCCAACGAGCUGCAGGCAAUGGUUAUUGGCAACACCAAUUACGACUGGACUGAGCUGGAGAAGACUACAGAAUAUAAAGGGGAGUACUGGGCAGAACACCCGACUAUACGCCUGUUUUGGGAGGCGUUUCAUGAACUUCCUUUAGAGAAGAAAAAACAAUUUCUAUUGUUCCUCACAGGAAGCGACCGUAUCCCUAUUUUGGGCAUGAAGAGUCUUAAGUUGGUGAUCCAGCCGACGGGAGGAGGUGAGCACUACCUCCCCGUGGCCCACACCUGUUUUAACCUGCUGGACCUGCCCAAAUACACCAACCUGGACACGCUCCGCUCCAAACUACUGCAGGCUAUUGACCACAACCAGGGCUUCAACCUCGCAUAAAAAGACUGUUCAGAAAUAGGGGUCAUGCACAGUUCCCGGUCUGAUAAAGGGAUAUGCUAAUAAUAAAUCGGAUGGCUAGACUUGAAAUCAUCUUUGUUUUGAGUUUCUUCCAUCUGCUCUGUGAAGAGGUUCAGUUUGAUAAGGCUGUUGUAAAUAAGCUUUUAUUGGUUUGGAUGUGAUCUGAAUGACAAGCAGCACUACUGCUAUAAAAAUGGUAUAUAGAAAACAGCAUUAAUACCUGUAAAACAUGUGAAAAGUGGUAAACUGGGAAUAAAGUACUGCUUUAGUGGAGCUUGUUUUGACUACUGGACAAAUGUACCAGAGGAAAUGUAUUUACAGCUGUUAAUGGUGGUGUGUAGCAUCCAGUGUUUCAAAUGUAAUCUUAUACUUUAUGUUCAGCAUAAAUUCUGUUUUGAUGAUAA